AUGGGGGAAAUUUGGUGGUCACUUUUGGGGGCAGCAAUCCCUGUGGUUAUUGCAGGACAAGCUUUUAGACUGAAGAAAAAGAAUGCGGAAGAGCAGAGAUUAGCGAGCGCCAGGGGAAGAGAAAGGAGUUCCGAUGAGAUUUUCGUCUGCGAAAAGGUCUGUACUUCAAAGAGGAUGUUGAAAAAGGUUGGUUCUUUCUCAAAAGAUCCCAUUCCUGAUACUUGUGUUACUGUCUGUGGUGUGUCUGAUCUUGAUGCUUGUGCUGAUGCUUGUGCCCGCACUGUUUGCGUUAACCAACAUCAAGUGCCUAGCUGGAAUGACAUAUGUCUUAGGAGAUGCCAGAAUGAAUGCCUUAAACUGUCGUCUCAAUCUUCUUAG